UUUGUCAAGUGGCUAAAUAUUACAUUAUAAAAACUAUUUACAUUCGCUUUGUCCAAAUGCAGACGGAACUGAAACAGCAAUUUGACGAAAUGGGUGUAGAGCCCACCGGCGAAGUGUUAGAUAAAUGCAUGGAGUUAGCGCUAACUUAUAAUAUAAACGAUGCUACCGAAUUUGUGGAGCAAUGGAUGGCAUUCAGCUUAUCCCAUUUGCAUGGUGAUGAUCCCAAUUGUCAGAAUCUUAGUGAAUUUGAGCGCAAGGUGUUGCAAAUAAAGCGUGAAAAAGUUGCCACCAACAAGCCUACAAAUAAGGGCAAACCUCUGGCUGCGGUAGACACAAGCUCCUUGGCCAGUUAUGGCCUGAUAGAAUAUGAUUCCAUGCUGGAUGACUAUGUCAGUGAAAGUAUGAGUGAGUCUACGCUGCCACACACACCCAGAGCAAAAAGCUUACAGACCAGCAUACUCUUCAGCCCGGCCAGCUAUAAAACACAAUCCGCACCAAGUACACCACAGACAUCCACAUCAGCACAACCUGGCGAAAUAGUGGAUCGUUUUGGACAUCCCCAGCUGCUAGCAGCAUCCAGCUGGCAAUCUAACGUAGAGCAAACAUUGCCCGUGCAACAGAAGCUAUUGUACAACAAUCUACCCUUGACCUUGGCCAAUUUUUCCUAUAUGAAUGAUGUGCUCUCUGGGAGAUGCGAUGAUCUGCAUGAUCGCAUCGUGGAAACUGGACGUGCGCUGGUGCAAAAGAAACUGGGUCGUGAGGGGGCCGAAGAGUACAGUUGGUAUCCACAGGACAGACAUUCGUUGGAUGCGCUGCACAUGUUACAUGCAGUGGGAAUGAUACACUCCGAUGACGAUGGACCCUUGGAUUCGCAUUCCGCCUUGCUGUCCGUGCUGGAUACAGAUGAAAACUUUCUAUCGCUGAAUUUCUCACACAUCAAGUCUGCAAGCAUAUUUCCUGGUCAAGUGGUGCUUGUGAAGGGCUUCAUACCCAAAGGUGAUACAUUUGUAGUAGAAGAAGUGAAUACAGAUCGCCUGCUAGCACCACCGCCGCCGCUUAAGCUGGAACGCGACUUGCAGUUUGUUGUAGCGUCAGGUCCAUUUACACAUGACACCAAUCUGAGCUACGAACCGCUUCAGGAGCUCUUCAAUUAUCUUAAGCAACAUAGACCCGAUGUGCUGUUGCUCACAGGUCCAUUUUUGGCUGCGAAACAUAAAAUGGUCAGUGAACUGGCAGAGACAUUUGAGAGCUUUUUUGAAAAGCUAAUCGCUAGCAUUAUGGAGGUCGUUGGUAGCCACACCACGGUUCUGCUGGUCAGCAGCCAGAAGGAUGCCAUGUCACAUGCUGUUUAUCCCACACCAGCGCCAAUGCUGCGACGCAGCUAUCCCAAUUUGCAUAUGCUGCCUGAUCCUUCGUGGAUAGACUUGGAUGGCAUAACUCUGGGUGUUAGCUCCACGGAUGUGCUGGACCAUUUGCUAAGCCAUGAGUUUGCUAUCAAUGCGGGUGAACGCAUGCAUCGCUGCAUAAAUCAUUUAUUCCACCAAGGCUCAUUUUAUCCCAUUUGCCCUCCACCAGAUGAUAACAUGAGCUUUGACUCCCAGUUGGCACAAAAGUAUGCGCAGCUUAAGCAGUUGCCCAAUGUUCUAAUAUUGCCCAGUGACCAGCGUCAUUUUAUACGCCUAGUGAAUGACUGUUUAGUCAUAAAUCCGGGCCGACUUUCCACAGAGAACAUGGGCGGCAGCUUUGCGCGUUUUGUCGUCACGCCCACAGCCCCCACCGCAACAGGAAAAGCCACGAAUAUGUUUAAUAGCGUCGCCUGUCAAAUACAACGAAUUUAGGGAAUAAUAAAAUAUAAAUACACACCCUAACAGCCAAA